CUUUUGACUCCUUUCCAGCAACGGUAAUACUCCAAACAUGACGCCUGCCAGGCUCAUCCCCGCCACUGCAUCUGCCAUCUCAAUCAAUCGUCUCCCUUCCCCCGAUGGACGGGCUGAAGCCUAAGGUAGCCGUGUGGGCUUCUGGAACCCUUCGCAUUGCGCUGGGCCUCCUCGUGAGUGUCGUCCUGCGCGCCACUCAUAUUCAAUCUUGGCCCUCCUUCGGCCCCUCGGCCUCUUCUGACCCUCCACUCCAUCCAUCAUCGCUGCUGGAAUUGCUCCGAAACCCCAAUGGAUUAAGAAUUUGGAGUGACCAUGAGGAUGUUCCCCAAUUUGGAGAACUACCCUCUCUACGGAUACAACACCAUUAGUAGCCUUUAGCACAUGAUGCAAGGGUUAAAGCGGG